ACUGCCUCCCCCAUUCCUCUCUCAUUCCCAUUUCACAUAGAUUCGCUGAUAUCUUGAAAGCUGGUUCUUUUUCUCUCGCAAUGGCGACUAGGGUUUACAUAGUAUACUAUUCCAUGUAUGGUCAUGUUGAAAAGCUAGCGGAAGAGAUAAACAAAGGUGCCUCCUCUGUUGAAGGAGUGGAAGCCAAGCUAUGGCAGGUUCCUGAAACACUUUCCGACGAGGUUCUUAGCAAGAUGGGUGCACCACCUAAGAGUGAUGUACCGAUUAUCACACCGAAUGAGCUCGCCGAGGCUGAUGGCAUUCUAUUUGGCUUCCCAACAAGAUUCGGUAUGAUGUGUGCUCAGUUCAAAGCAUUUCUAGAUGCAACUGGAGGGCUUUGGAGAGCUCAGCAACUUGCUGGAAAACCUGCUGGAAUUUUCUACAGCACCGGAUCUCAAGGUGGAGGACAAGAAACCACUCCUUUGACUGCCAUAACGCAGCUGGCUCACCAUGGAAUGAUCUUUGUUCCUGUCGGUUACACCUUCGGGGCCGGUAUGUUUGAGAUGGAGAAUGUAAAGGGUGGGAGUCCUUAUGGCGCUGGCACUUAUGCCGGGGAUGGCUCAAGAUUCCCGACUGAGCUUGAACUUGAGCAAGCAUUUCACCAAGGUAAAUACUUUGCCAACAUUGUGAAGAAAUUCAAGGGUUCUUCUUGAUGCGUUCGACAUGCAUCAGCAAGAGAUUUGACCAUUUCUCUUCUGAUCUUGUCAUGAAUAAGGUUGUGCUUGUUGAUUCUUGUGGCGAGUGAUUUUCCUUUCUAUAUAUAUACGUUAGAUUGGUUGGUACAGUAUCACUUGUAAGUAUGUGUGAUUGCUUAUGCUUGAUUUCAUA